AUGGCUUUUCCUCACCGGCCGGACGCCCCUGAGCUACCUGACUUCUCCAUGCUCAAGAGACUGGCUCGAGACCAGCUCAUCUAUCUGCUGGAGCAGCUUCCUGGAAAAAAGGACUUGUUCAUUGAGGCAGAUCUGAUGAGCCCUUUGGAUCGAAUUGCCAAUGUCUCCAUCCUGAAGCAACACGAAGUGGACAAGUUGUACAAGGUGGAGAACAAGCCAGUGCACAGCUCCAGUGAACAAUUGUGCUUUUUGGUCAGACCUCGCAUCAAGAAUAUGCGCUACAUCGCCAAUCUUGUCAAUACUGACAAAUUGGCUGGCCGAACUCGAAAAUAUAAAGUAAUCUUCAGCCCUCAGAAGUUUUAUGCAUGUGAGAUGGUGCUCGAAGAAGAGGGAAUCUAUGGAGAUGUGAGCUGUGAUGAAUGGGCCUUCUCCUUGCUGCCUCUUGAUGUGGACUUACUGAGCAUGGAGCUACCAGAAUUUUUCAGAGACUACUUCUUGGAAGGAGAUCAGCGUUGGAUCAACACUGUGACACAGGCUUUGCACCUUCUCAGCACUCUUUAUGGGUCCUUUCCUAACUGCUAUGGCAUUGGCAGGUGUGCCAAGAUGUCACAUGAACUGUGGAGGAGACUAGAGGAGGAGGAGGAUUGUGAAACCAAGGGCCGAAGGCCAGAGAUUGGACAUAUCUUUCUCUUGGACAGAGACGUGGACUUUGUGACAGCACUUUGCUCCCAAGUGGUUUACGAGGGCCUGGUGGACGACACCUUCCGCAUUAAGUGUGGAAGUGUGGACUUUGGCCCAGAAGUCACAUCCUCUGACAGGAGCCUGAAGGUGCUUCUCAAUGCUGAGGACAAGGUAUUCAGUGAGAUUCGUAAUGAGCACUUCUCCAAUGUCUUUGGCUUCUUGAGUCAGAAGGCCCGGAACCUGCAGGCCCAAUAUGAUCGCCGGAGAGGCAUGGACAUCAAGCAGAUGAAGAACUUCGUGUCCCAAGAACUCAAGGGACUGAAACAGGAACACCGCCUCCUGAGUCUCCAUAUCGGGGCCUGUGAAUCCAUCAUGAAGAAGAAAACCAAACAGGAUUUCCAGGAACUAAUCAAGACUGAGCAUGCACUGCUAGAAGGGUUCAACAUCCGGGAGAGCACCAGCUACAUUGAGGAGCACAUAGACCGGCAGGUGUCACCAAUAGAAAGCCUGCGUCUCUUGUGCCUUCUGUCCAUCACUGAGAAUGGUUUGAUCCCUAAGGAUUACCGAUCUCUGAAAACCCAAUAUCUGCAGAGCUAUGGCCCUGAGCACAUGCUGACCUUCUCCAACCUACGUCGAGCUGGGCUCCUCACGGAGCAGGCCCCAGGGGACGCCCUCACAGCGGUGGAAAGCAAAGUGAGCAAGCUGGUGACGGACAAGGCCGCAGGAAAGAUUACAGAUGCCUUCAGUUCCCUGGGCAAGAGGAGCAAUUUCCGCGCCAUCAGCAAAAAGCUGAAUUUGAUCCCACGUGUGGAUGGCGAGUAUGACCUCAAAGUGCCACGGGACAUGGCCUAUGUCUUCAGUGGUGCUUAUGUGCCCCUCAGCUGCCGGAUCAUCGAGCAGGUGCUGGAGCGGCGAAGCUGGCAGGGCCUGGAUGAAGUGGUCCGACUGCUCAACUGCAGUGAGUGUGCGUUCACAGACAUGGCCAAGGAAGAGAAGGCCUCCAGCGAGGCCCUGCGCCUCAUCCUGGUGGUGUUCCUGGGUGGCUGCACGUUCUCUGAGCUCUCAGCCCUUCGCUUCCUGGGGAGAGAGAAAGGCUACAGGUUCAUUUUCCUGACGACAGCAGUGACAAAUAGUGCUCGCCUGAUGGAGGCCAUGAGUGAAAUGAGAGCCUGACGUUUCCCCGGCCAGCCUUGGGGUCCUCUCUG